AUGUGAACUUUGGCUUAGUAGAAUGCAAUAAAUGUUGGUCCUUCCAUGCUGAAGGUGGCGCCUGUCACUAUAUUGCUGUUGGCUGGAAGGCGCCUUUUACAGACUACAGAGCAGUAGGCGUGGGCAAGUUUGACAGCAGACGUUUGUGUUUGAGCAACUCUAUAAUGGCUACAGCAGGACAGGUUAUCAAAUGCAAAGCAGCUAUCGCCUGGGAAGCAGGGAAGCCUCUCUCAAUAGAAGAAGUGGAAGUGGCACCACCUAAAGCGCAUGAAGUUCGCAUUAAGAUUGCGUCCACAGCUGUGUGCCAUACUGAUGCCUACACUUUAAGUGGUGCUGAUCCUGAAGGAUGUUUCCCAGUGAUAUUGGGUCAUGAAGGAGCUGGCAUUGUGGAGAGCGUAGGAGAAGGCGUAACAAGAGUUAAAGCUGGAGACAAAGUCAUUCCGUUGUACAUCCCACAAUGUAGAGAAUGCAAGUUCUGUUUGAAUCCUAAAACCAAUCUGUGCCAAAAGAUAAGAGUUACUCAAGGUAAGGGACUGAUGCCUGAUGGCACAAGCAGAUUUAGUUGCAAUGGGAAGCAGAUUUUCCACUUCAUGGGCACAAGCACUUUCUCUGAAUACACUGUUGUUGCUGACAUAUCUGUAGCCAAAAUAGAUGACUCUGCUCCUAUGGACAAAGUCUGCUUGCUGGGCUGCGGAAUCUCAACCGGUUAUGGGGCUGUUAUUAACACAGCCAAGGUUGAACCAGGUUCUACAUGUGCAGUCUUUGGUUUAGGUGGAGUCGGUCUUGCAGUCAUCAUGGGCUGUAAAGUUGCAGGAGCCACUCGUAUUAUUGGAAUUGAUCUCAACAAAGAAAAGUUUGGAAAGGCAUCGGGGUUUGGAGCCACUGACUGCAUUAAUCCCAGUGAUUACAACAAGCCAAUUCAAGAGGUUUUGAUUGAAAUGACUGAUGGAGGUGUCGAUUAUUCUUUUGAGUGUAUCGGUAACGUCGGUGUUAUGAGAGCAGCUUUGGAAGCAUGUCACAAAGGUUGGGGCACAAGUGUAAUUGUGGGAGUGGCAGCAUCUGGAAAAGAAAUCUCCACACGUCCAUUUCAGCUUGUCACAGGGCGUACUUGGAAAGGAACUGCAUUUGGAGGCUGGAAGAGUGUUGAAAGUGUUCCAAAGCUGGUUUCUGAAUACAUCGCUAAAAAAAUCAAGGUUGAUGAGUUUGUAACACACACUCUGCCUUUCAGUUCCAUUAAUGAGGCCUUUGAAUUGAUGCAUGCAGGCAAAAGCAUUCGAAGUGUCUUAAACUACUAAAUAUUCUGCUGAAGAGAUUUUAUUCAAAAGACCUAUAGAAGGAAGUUCAUCCCACACGUACUCCUCUACACUUUGUAAUGCAAAUUUAUUCUAAAAAUUAAUAACUUUCAAGUUCUGUCCUUUGUUUACCAUAGACCUCCUGAUAUUUGUAAUAAAACAUAAUCAAGAAA